AUGGAAAACGCAGAUGUCCUGGAGAAGAAGCCGGUGCCUGAGCGGCCAGGCGACUCGGAAGAGGAGGUGGCCGUGGUGCAGGACGGCACCGUGGUCAAUGCUGCCGGGUACAAGGACCAGCUGCAGCGGCAGUACGGCCUCAUAGGGCUGGCGGGUAUUGCGCUGACAGUGGACAACGCCUGGGUGGCGCUUGGGUCGUCCAUCUCGGUGUCGAUAUUGAACGGUGGUCCUGCCGGUCUUCUCUACGGCCUCAUCGUGGCCAUCUUUUAUUAUUCAUUUAUCGGGUUGGGCCUGGCCGAGAUCACAGCCAACAUCUCCGUCAGCAUGUACGCCGUCUACCACGAGGACAGCUUCACCUCCCAGCCGUGGCAGAUCUACGUGGCCUACCUGCUGAUCCUGCUGCUGGCCGCCGCCCUGGUCAUCCUGGCCAACCGGCUGGUGCCCUAUACCCAGCAUCUCGGCAUGUUCUUUGUCAUUGUGGGCGGCCUGGUGACCAUCAUCGUCGUGGCCGCGAUGCCGCACCAGCGCCCGACCAACGCGGCCGUGUGGAAGCACUUUCACGAGAACAACCUAACCGGCUGGCAGGAUGGCGUCGCCUUUCUGCUGGGCGUGCUCAACGGCGCCUUCACCAUCGGCACGCCCGACGCCAUCACGCACAUGGCCGAAGAGCUACCGCGGCCAAAACGCGAUUUGCCGCGUGCCAUCGGCCUGCAGCUCGGCCUCGGCUUCCUCUACGCCUUCUGCUUCGCCAUCUGCAUAUUUUACUCCUUCGCUGACCUGUCCGUCCUCCAGGACGGCUCCGUCAACUCCUACCCCCUCGCCUCCAUCUACCAACUGGCUACUAGUCAUGCGGACGGCAGCCCCAAUCUCGGUGCUACUUUUGGCCUCCUCUUCAUCGUCUGGGCCUCCUCUAUGCUCUGCUGCGUCGGCACCGUCCUCACUACUUCGCGCAUCUACUGGGCCCUUGCCCGUGAUAAUGCCGUCCCCCUCUCUGGCCUCUUCGGCCGUGUCAACGAAUCCCUCAGCUGUCCCGUUUACGCUACCCUCUUCGUAUCCGUCGUUGCUGCUGGCCUGGGCGCCAUUCCCCUCGGCAGCAACACCGCCUUCCUCGAUCUCACCGGCUCCUUCAUCAUCCUCACCACCGUCAGCUAUGCCAUCGCUUUUGGCGCCAAUGUCUGCUCUGGCCGCAAGUACUUUCCUCGUGGCCCUUUCCAUCUUGGCAGAUACGGCACUGCCAUCAAUAUUCUCUCCAUCAUCUUCAUCGUCUUCUUCGACAUCAUGUACUGCUUCCCUUAUGCAAUGCCCACUACUGUCAGCGGUAUGACCUACAACAGCGUCAUCCUUGUUGGUGUCGUCUGUCUGACCACCAUCUGGUGGUUCGCCCAUGCCAUCCGCCACUAUCCUGGUCCCAAGGUCAUGGGUCUGUACAUUGGUGAUACCGACCAUACUGGCCAGCAGGAAAACUUCGUCGCCGACCCUGCAGGAGAAAAGUGA